AGUCUAAAAUGUUUUAGGACCAAUACACACAAUACAGACAGAGAUAUGUGUGUGUAUAAAAACGAAACACACACAAGGCAAACCAAGCAAUAGUAGCACCAUAGAAAACUCAAGUUAGUUAGUUGGUUAGUUCCGAUCACCAAACAGUCCCUAACAAAACUCGGCAAGAACUAAUUAUAUGGCCUCUUCUAAGGUGAUGGCUUCUACCUCACCGUCCAAUCCGGAUCUGCCACGUCGGCAGUCCUCUUCCUCCUUACAUUUACUCACCGACCUCCACUCCAAGACCUUCUCCUCCAUGAACAUGGACGAUCUGCUCAAGAACAUCUACUCCGACGCCGAUCACUUUCCGGCCGAUCAGGCCGCCGCCGACGCGAAGAAGUCGGUGGACGAGGUUUGGAAGGAGAUCGUGAACCAGCCGGUGAGUGGGAGCAGUGCGCAGCCGGCGAUGACGCUGGAGGACUUUCUGACCAAGGCUGGGGCGGUGAGGGAGGAGGAUGUCAAAGGCGUGGAGGAGAGUGGUGGUGUGUUUGGUGGAGAUGCUGCUGCUGCUACUGCUGGUGGCGUGAUGAGUGGCGGUGUGAUUGCGUUUCCGGUUGCGGCGAAUCAGGUGUUUGGGAAUGGAGUUGUGGGGAGAGGGAAGAGGAGAGCCGUGGAGGAGGCGCCGGUUGAUAAGGCCACGCAGCAGAAGCAGAGGAGGAUGAUUAAGAAUCGAGAGUCUGCUGCCAGGUCACGGGAGCGUAAACAGGCUUAUACUGUAGAGUUGGAAUCACUGGUGACACAUUUGGAGGAGGAAAAUGCGAGAUUAAUGCAAGAGGAGGCUGAGCAGACCAGAGAGCGAUUUAAGCAGCUUAUGGAGAACUUGAUUCCAGUUGUGGAGAAGAAAAGACCACCUAGAGUUCUUCGGAGAGUGCACUCCAUGUAAUGCUAGUUUCUUGGUUAUUUAUCCUCAUAAAUAAUGUAGAAGAACUAGCAUCUUUGUAGCAACUAAAGUUAAGCAGAACGAGAAAUGACAAACUUCUUAUAGGGGCCAGCAGUGUUCACAUGUAAAGAGAAGGGAGAUGAGGCCGGCAAAUUACAUAUCCUUUUGUCUAACUUAAAGAGAGGUUUUGUCAACAGAUGUGAGACAUGCCUCAAAUAUGAUUUCACAAUGUAUGUAUAGGUGUAGAGGAUUAAAUCCUGGGUGUUUUGUAAUUAUAGUUGAUCUAAAUGCUGAUCGGAUGGGAAUCUGAGUUAAAUUAGUAGAGUAUACUUAACCAACACAUAAUGGCUAUAAUAUAAUGAAAGUCUUGGUUCAGAUUUUA